UUGGUCAGUCGGUCGGUGUCGUUGGCAGCUGUCGCAUCGCGUUAAGUUUCUUCAGGGUCUCGCGACAAACACGCAGCCGGUGGUACCUCACGAUCACACCCUUUUUUUCCUUUUUUUCUCUUUAUCUUCCUUUUUCUAUCUUUUCUCUCUCAUUGCGAACGAUCAAUUUUUGCCGCGAAAUAGACCGCGUGCUCGAAGAAUUUGACAGAUAUCACUUUCUGUCAAAAUCCCGCAUAUACUCCUCUCCCCCAUCUAAGAAGAGGGGGGGGGAGAGAACACAUGUGCGUACAGUGGAGCGGCGCACGAGGGAUGAUGUGAGGCGGACGAUCGCGAUACAGCAUGAAGGCUACAUAUUUCUGCUGCUGUCAGUGCUGUCAGAGCGGAGAUUGCUGCAAUAGUCGGACGUUUUCCAACCAUUCUGAGAGAUCACCUAUUGAUACGUGCACGUCCCACUUUUCUGAAGUAACCAGUCCGCGGAUCAUGAGGAGAUCUUCCAUCAAGACACUCACGUGGACGUUCUACUUGUCCACCCUAUUAUUCCUACCGGCGAGAACAAAUGCCCUGGAAGAGAACUGUACGGAUUUUCAGGGUGGUACUGUCAGACACGGCCUUCUCUACGUGCCAGGACCUGCGGUCUGCAGUCUCUGCGUAUGUUAUCAUUCCGAGCCGAUGUGGUGCCGGGCCAUCUACUGUACACCACCGUUUAAAUGCAAGAAGUUCCGCGUGGGCGAACGUUGCUGCGAAUUUGAGUGCCUCGACGACAGCGACGACUGGAGUGGCCCGGACGUUUACGACGUGUACGCCAUGGCAUCAUCGGUCCAGAAGCAAAGUCCCGUCAUCUGUCUAUUCGGACUGAUCGCACUACUGAUGGUGCCCUAGUUACGACCUGACGGGAUCCGCGAUCAUCGUAGCUGCCAAUCUUGCCCUCGUCAGAAGAAUUCGUCCGUUAGUGAUAUCAGUGAUCCGACGAUGAUGACGAUAAAAUUGUGCACGAGAAUAUCCCGAGGCAGGUUUGACUCAUGACUACGUUUUGACGAACGGCACAUCCCUCACCUGUCGCAAUUACGUCGUCCAACUUUGAAAUAAUAUUGAAAUAAAGAAAUUGAGAAUUAAUGUUUUUUUUACCGAAUCGAUAUGUUGAGAGACGCGAACACGUAGAAACUGAACAAACUAAAAGCGUGGAAUAUGCGUGGUAAAGCGUUAUUUUGUCGAUUUUUUUUUUUUCUAAACCCACUUCCUCAUAUUUUUCCACCUUUUCAAAUUCGAUACGAUAAUACUCAUCGGGCGGAUUCAAUAUCGGAGUUAAAAUCUAUUCCGAAUAUAUAUCAAUGAACGAUGUUCGUGACUCUUGAUUUCACCUAAACAUUUAAAUGUCAAGCAUUGUCAUUUACCAAGUUUGAUAUCAUUUCGAAGUAGAGUACAGCAUUUUUUAUCGAAGAUAUCCAAUAAAAUGCAUAUAAAUAAAAUGUCAAAAAACUAAUGUUCAGCGCUUAAUUCGAUCAGAUCUCUCGGCUUAACCGGUAUCGAUUCUCGAGGACGAUCGUAAUCGCAGACAUUGUGUAUGUGUCAUCAUCAAAAUCAGCAAAAAUACUCCGAUCCUCGUCUUUGGUAAUACUCUUGAUGGACGGUGAAUAGACAAUUGAAACCGAUCGAGACCUCGCGUGCACGCAUCGUGUGCAUGUGUGUGCGUGUGUAUGUAUGUAUGUGGGCGUGCGCGCGUAUGGUCAAAAAUUUUUAUUUUUUCAUCGUCGCGAACCGUGUAAUAACGCGAACGUGUCGGGCAAACAGAUUAGAACGAAGAGUUAUACAAGUUCAUCAUCACGAGCGUUGGGAAGCUCCGAGUGUGUGAUAUCCCCUUUGUUAACGAGACUCGUUUCAAUCUCCAAUUGAGUCGAUUUCACCGUUCAUUCGUUUUACUUUGCGCCAGAUUCGUCGGUGAAUGAGCACUUUUUUAAAAGAAUUCCUUCUACUACCUCUUUGCAAUUGAAAUGUAUAAUAAAAUUGAAAGAGCUCGUCGCGUAUCCUUUGCUUUUGUUUCGUUCGCAAUCGCGUCUUCGGCAUAUCUUCUGAUAUUUUUAAUUUAAUUUAUACACGGAGAAAAAGCUUUUCACACUGAAAGAGAAAUCACUUGAAGUUUAAUAAUUCGUUUAUUUUACAUAAUUUUGUUAAGAUAUCGAUUUAAAAUCUUCGUUUGUGUACGCAUUAUACUACACAUAAAUUAUGCGACGAUAGCCGAUGCGAGAUAUUUAUUUGGUUACUUAUUAUAUUUUAACUAUAACGAUAAAAAUACAAUUGACAUUUUAACGAUGAGAUUUUAGACGUAUUGCAUUCCGCGAUAACAUACUCUUUUUAUAUUUACAGAUUACAAAACAACGAUUAUUCUCGUACUAAUUAAUGCUCAACCAUCAAUUAACUGCUGCUCGUGCGAUAUUUCCAAGCGAUAAUAAUUACAAUGAACUAGAUUUUCAUGUAAUAACAAGCCAAUUUAUUAGGAUUAUAAUUAAUAUAAUUCGAUUUGUGCCCACGUAACUAAUUGGAUCGAUGAGAAAGCUGAAGCUUAAAUUAUUAACACGAGCAAUUUUAUAUUUAAAAUAAUCUGACAAUUGGUAUCAGUAACAUUGCACUAAAAUUAUUUUAGAACCUUAAUUUUAAACGAAACUUAUUGGAAACAAUUUGAUGAAAAGUUGAUUAAGUUUUAACGAAAUGCAUUUUAUUACAGACACCGGCGAUAAAUCCGAGCAAAAUACAUGGGGCCACGAUCAGUAUAACGUACACAAACGUAUUUUCUUGGUUUUUUUGUAGAGAAAUGUGAGAAUGAUAAACAUGGUGCUAACAUAAAUCAUUUCUCGUUAAAGAGAAUGAUGCUGUAUAUUACAUGGCAUUCGCGAAUUUUCCCAAUAUUUGCGACAUUGUAUUUUAAUAUUUGUGCACAUAUGCUUGCCUGUGAUAUAUUUUUACGGCAUUUUAUUAUUGUCCUUGCCUUUGUAUUACUUAUCGCUUCGCGAAUCUCGAAGGCUUCGAUUAAUGCUGCGAAUGUUUCUAACAAAAACAGAUCUUUUUUAAAAUGUUGAAGGAAGAAGAACGAGAUCAUGUAUAAUAGUGCAUAAAGAUGACGACGGUAAUAAUUAAUAUAAUGAUAUAUUGAUUAAUAUUAUAUUUAUAUAAUUAAGCGAAAACUCUAUUUGCUGUAUACAUAAAAAGAAAUUACAAAACAGUCAUUCCUUUUAAUAAUAUUUAGAGCCCUAAUAUAUAUGCCGUAUGCAUAAAUAUACACAAGUACAUAGAAUAUAUACAUAUGUUACACAAUGAUAUUUAAUUAGUAAUGUUAAUAAAAAUAUUCCAUCCCUUAUGAAUGCGCGAAAACAAAGAACCAUAAAGAGUGACAAAAAUUGUUCUGCGAAUUUAGUUAGCUCUGCUCUCAGUUACACAGGGUAUUUGCGAAUAAUCUUUUCCACGAUCGUAAACUUAUCCAAAUCUGGCUCGAGCUUAACGCCUAACAGGGAAUCGCGUGUGUACAUAUAUAUAAUCUAGUUUAUAUAUGUAUUUCUCGUUUUGCAGAAUUCUUGUCAUUUUGAUCGUCCAAUCUACAUUUUUGCGACUGUUUGUUUAAUACAUCUCCGUUGAUAAGAAUCGCUCAUUUAUAUGCAUUAUCGCGCAUUUAUAUCACAUUGAAGCUAUCUUUCAAUCGUUCGCAUCAAUUUGAAACAUUAAAUAACUCAAUUGGGCUCUUAAUAUUGAAGACAAAUCCGACAUGAUAUUCUCGGUAUUAUAUGACACAUGAGCCAGACUAUGAUGAUUGGCAUGGGAGUGUGUAUCCCUUUUAAAAAAAGAGUUUGGAUCCGCCUAUGAAUUAACAUAAAUGUCAGAGCGGGAGAGAUUGCGAAAACAGCGGCUCGUAUCUGAUCAUCUCGUGCAUUUAAGUUUUAAAUCGCAUCGCACAUAUAAACGAGUUUCGCGCAAAAAAAUCAUCAAGCAAAGAAGUUGCUAGAAUAAGUACGAUAAAAAGGAUUGUAGUUUAAGUUUAAGUAAGUAAUGCAUAUUCAAUAUACGCGCUACCUGGCUCGAAUGUUCCCAAUAUAAUAUCGAUCUUUUUUUUUCAAAAAGUUCUGUCUGAAAAAGAGUUUCAUUGAAUACCGGGAAAAUCUGAUCUAAAAUAUACACUUUUAUAUCGCUAUUUGAAUAUUUUCAUCGAAAAAAAAUGAAUUCUAUAAUAUAAGUAUAUACCCUUGGGGAUAUACUUAUAUUUUCCCAAGGGUAAAAUAAUAGAUCUUAAAUUGUAUGCUGUAAAACUUUACCACGAUUCAAAACAAAUUUGUUUGACAUUUCAUUGUCCCAUCUCGAGCAACGAGAUCUUCUUAACUGGCAAAGAGCGUGCAAUUGUGCUUUUCUUUCGUCUCAUCAUUAUAUAUUUUUGCUCUCCUUUUCUCUUCCCUAUUCCAAAUCAGCGAAGAGAAUUAUUCGACCAAUUUCUCUAAGCUUACAUUUUAAAUUUAAACUAAUGUUUACAAAAAAAAAAAUAUAUGUAUAUAUAUAUGUAUACAUAUAUUUCAAAUGUACAUAGCUAAACGAUAGCUUUAAUAUUACAAUACACGUAAUUACUUUCGAUCGUAAUUAUGUCAUGUAUUAAUCAAGGGGCCUUUUAUGUAUGAAUGAAUCAAAAUCCAUAUUACAAUAAAAUUUAAUCCAAAUGACAAAAAGGGGAUCAGGACCUAUGAUAAUAAUUCCCUAAUUGAAAUUUUCCUUUAAUUUUUCUCGAUCGACAAGGAGACAUAUCGUCUUUUACAAGGAAUAUAUCGAUAAUAAGGAAUUUAAUGAUAGGAUAAACUUAAGAGAAUUUGAAUAUGUAUUGAAGAAUAUAAAGUUUAUUCAUACAGAAA